UUAUGUUUGUGAAGUUUUUGGUCCCUCUAACUUCGGACCCACUGGCCGCCUCGAACAUCGGCCCCCUCAUCGCCCCGGGCCUAGGCGCACCAUAAGGCCCAGGAGCGUGCCUUUGCGCUAUCGUUGCCUGUCGCCGAUCUAUCGGCGAUGCGUCGCCGACUCCAGGUCAACUUUCGUCCCCCCCCUCCUGAGCCAGUCCCCACCUUCGUUCCCCCGCAUGUGCCGCUGAGCGUGCCGCAGGUACGGGCACUCCGUUGAAGCGCGCGUGAGGUACGACUUCGAUCGUGUUGCUCGCGCGGGCUCUGCAGCAUCCCGAUGUCCGUGGUCAGGCUCGAGGAGGAUGACCUGGACGACGAGGACAGGGCGAUUUUGGCCGAGGUGCGGAAGAAGGGCUACUACCACGGCAGGCCGAAGAGCGAGGCGUGCGCCAUGCCCGCGAAGAUCGAGGUCGCGGCGGCGCCAUCCCAUGCAGCGGGCUCGCAGAAGGCGCAGAGCCGCGCGCGCUUCGAUGACUUCCAGGCAAAGUGGGACCGCUUCGACAACGACGCCUACCUGGGGCAGCUAGAGGCCGCGACGGAGGCCGCAGCGGAGGCCGCGGCGCCCUCCCGGUCCACGCCCUCGGCGGCCAGCGGCGGCGGCCGCGGGCGGCCGCAGCGGCCGCUGGCAACUCAGCCGGCCGCGGAGUUCAAGCUGCUCGUGCUCGGGGACGGGGGCGUGGGGAAGACGGCCCUGGUGCGGAGGCACACGACGGGCGAGUUCGUGGCCAGGUGGUGCCCAACUGGUGCCGCGGAGGUGAGCGCCUUGCGCUUCUGGACGUCCUGUGGCGAGGUCCGGCUGAACGCCUGGGACCUGGGCUGCGCUGCCGCCAGCAAGACUGCGGCAACGCAGCCUUGCUGGCGGCAAGGCUGUGUUCGUGAGCGUGACCUCUCGCAGGGCGAGUGCGCCAUCAUCAUGUUCGACACGAUGUCGCGCCAAUCUUACAAGAGCCUUCCCUCCUGGCACCGCGAGGUCUCACGCGCGUGCGGCCCCGUCCCCACUGCCGUGGUCGGCAACAAGGCGGACGCGAGAGAGCGCCACAUGAAGCCCGAGGAUGUCACCUUCCCCAAGAGCCGCGGGCUGCCGCUCUUCAGCAUGAGCGUCCGCACUGGGCUCAACGUGGAAAGGCCCUUCCUCUGGCUCCUGCGCCGCCUGACUGGCCAGUCGGAAUCCUGCAAAGGGCGUGUGUGCCCCAGGGUGUGUGUAUGUGAGAGUUCGAUCGUUUUUUUUCCACCGAACCGCCUAGAACAGAUGCCCCUCAGCCGCCAGCAGCUCCCGGUAGCUGCCGAUAGGCACCAAGCUUUUUUUGCGGAUGUGCUUAAACCCUGUGUCUUCACAGGUUUGGGUUCUCCGAUGAGCGAAAAACGCAUGAAAAUAUAUGCUUUCGCAGCUUUUUGUUCCCAGGUUUUCUUAGGAUGUCCUUGGCGUUUUUUGUUUUGUUGCAUUUCUCGUUUUUUUUUCGCGCGCCUGCCCCAGGCGACGGGCGGGCUGACGCGUCGCCAGCCGCCAGCAGGCGAAAAUGCAAAACAUACGA